AAACCCCAGCUAUAAAAGCCAUAACUCUCCAACAACCCAUCUGCCCCACACUCACUUCGUUCUCUCCGCCGUUUUAGCAUUUCCUCUCAUUUCUUUCCUUUUUUUUUUCUCUUCAGCACGCUUAAAUGGCAUCCAUAGCUGGUUCAUCAAUCUCCAUGCAACCUCGCCACACCCUGGCUACAACUAGGGUUUUUGGGUUGAAAUUGGUUUCAUUUAUGAACCAGGGAAGAAGCAGCCUCUCCUUUAGGUUGCAUCCAAUGCCUGCUCGCUUGCGGAUUUCCUGUGCUGUUGAGAUUGUGAUGGGACUUGAGGAAGAAUUUGGAAUCACUGUGGAAGAGGACAAUGCUCAAAGCAUCACAACUGUUCAGGAUGCUGCAGAUCUCAUUGAAAAGCUCUGCAGCGAGAAAGGUGCCUAGAACCAAUGACCUAAAUCAGAAGUUCAUUUGCCGAUAUUGAUGUUACUUACUAGCUUGCAACCUCUAGAGCAUUUGGCAAAAUCUUGUUGUGAACUCAAGUCCAUUUAUUUGUUCAAUCUAGGAAAACUCGUAAAGUUGUUGGGAUUUUUAGUUAAUUUGUGGAUUUAACUUGGUGUUGUAAGUCUACGAAAUACUAUUUGAUCUGAUCGUGUGACUUUUUUAAAUUGGUAGUGACUCAUAGAACUUUUGUUUCCUUAAGCUGCACGUAUGGGUAU